AUGCUUGAGUCAAGUUGUCUAUGCGGUGCAAACCGUGUCUCUUUUGAGGGCGACAUUUCUGUCAAGAUGCGAUGUCAUUGCAUUGACUGCCGCAAGUUUUCUGGCUCUACAAACACCAACAACCUAGGUCUUCCUAUUGCUGGGCUGAAGAUUCUUCAAGGAACGCUCAAAACAUAUACCAAAGAAGUCGCCACUGGCAAUACCAUGACAAGCCACUUCUGCGGGGAUUGUGGAUCAACGUUGUAUCGCAUUUCGAGCUUCAGUGACAAAUGGGUGUCGGUGAUGAUUGGCGGAAUUGAUGGAUUGCAAACUGUUGAAGACAGUAAGGCAGAUGUUGAGCUUUUUGUAAAGUAUCGACCGAGUUGGAUGGCACCAAUUGAGGGAGCCAAACAAGAAGAGGGUACCUGGCUUCCGGAGCAUUGA